AUGAUGUCAUCAGAGCCUAGCAUUGGACUUUAUAAUCCCAUCUCAAGUCAGGGUGGUCAGUUUAGCCAUCUACAGCAAGCGCAAAGUCAGAACCAGAACCAAAACCAACUCAACUCAUCCAUUCAUGGCGGCGCCCAUCACGAGAAUCUGAAUAGCAAUGCCAAUAAUAAUCAUAAAAUCGACGAUGACAAUGUCAAUAGUCACAGUAGCCACAAUAACCACAAUAACCACAAUAACCACAAUAACCACAAUAACCACAACAACAAGAGCAGUAGCAAUGGCAACAACCAAAAUCAACAACCAAUACCGAAUAUGCCUCCCCCUGCUCCUGCUCCUGCCACUGCUCAUCCACCACCACCAGGAUUAGCACAAAAUGCAUUUCAAACCCCACAGUCUCAACCACUGCAGCAGCAGCAGCAGCAGCAGCAGCAGCAGUCUAGUCUACAUAUGAUGAAUCAACCUCACCAACAACUCCAACAACGCCCAUAUGCCAGUUUGCUCAAGAUUAGUAACUUGCCCCCAGACUUUACCAGAAGAGAAGCUACACUAAUAUUUGCAUUGGUUAUCGGGGAGAUUCUAAGUAUCGACGUUAGCGAAAACCACAUUUUUGCAUUGUUUAGAGACGUUAACACGUGCAUGGCCGCGGGCAAGUUGUUGGAUGGCCAGCGAAUAUUUGGAUUUGAGUAUCCGCCCAUAUUUGUUGAGUUUGAAAAUAACCACGCUCAAAAUGGAGCCAACUUGGCAUCUCCAACAAGCUUUGCCCAGACUCAAGCUGGUUUUAAUGCAUUGACACUAUCACCGGCGAUGAAUAAUAAUAUAUCUCCACCUAGUAGAAACCAGAAUAUCACGAGUCAUCUGCAGUUUAACUUGGCUCAACACGGUCCACAACUGCAACCUCCACCACCACCAUCAUCGCAACCAUCACAACAGCCGCAUCAACAACAUCAACCACCAGCACCAUCACAACAACAACAACAACAACAACAACAAUCUGCAUUGAGUGGAAUGGGUCCCAAUUUACAAAAUUCAAACCCAGUGGUUCCAUUUGAUGUGCUUCAAAAACGACCAUCUGCAAGUAAUCCAAGAUCAAGAUUUGUCUUUAGCGACCCCUUUUCAUCAGAACAACAACAGCAACAGCAACUUUCGCAUAUACCGCAGUCACAGCAAUUGCCCCCGCCUCCUGCUCCCCCUCUUCCUGCUCCUUCUCAUCCUUCUCAUCAUCAUCAACAACAACAACAUCCACCACGAAUGUCGAAUCCACCGCCACCACAGCAACAGUUUUCGUUGAAUUCACGGCUGUCCUUGUACGACAAUCCAUCCUUGGGUCCAAGCUCGGCAUCUUCGAGCGUGCCGCCGACAAGCGUCGACAUUUCUGAAGCCACCGGUAAAUCUAUUUUGCUCAUGGAAUCUCAAAACGAUGCAAGAGACUAUGAAAACUUGGUGCGGGAUCCCUGGUCUGGCUCCCAGCAGCAACAACAAGCACCACCAACGCAGCAUCAAGGUGCCGCCUCGGUGUCUAGCACUCAGAGUCCUCUUGCUCAUGCAAAUGCCGAAUGGUUUCCUGGAAGCAAUAACGGGUCAAAUAUCGCCUUGCUGGCACCGCCUGAUCGUCGCCGAACUUCAUCGUCAUUUUUUGCCUCUUCUCAGCAACAACAGCAACAGCAACAGCAGCAACAACCCCAACAGCAACAGCAGCAGCAACAACAACAACAGCAACAGCAACAGCAACAGCAACAACAGCAAACACAACACACAGCCUUGGGGGGCAAGCAAUUGCUUCAUGUACAAUCGCAAGCUCCCAAUGUUUCAGGUUUGAGACCCGCAACACAGGAGCAGCAAGACUACAAUAUGCACCAACAAAAUACCCCUUCUUCGGCCACAUCUCAUUUCCCACCUCCGCCUCCUACUACUGCCGCUGCCGCUGCUGCAAAACGGUCGUCUCCUCCCACGGUUCAAUCUCUGCAGCCCAAUUCGAGUCCCACGGCUAGAAGCUUUAAUUCUAGCACCACUUCCACCACCACCACCACCACCACCACCAAGGAGGCGAUUCCCGAUUUAUCGUUAUUGGCGAGAGUGCCUCCGCCAGCGAACCCCGCGGAUCAAAACCCACCGUGCAACACGCUAUACGUGGGUAAUCUCCCGCCCGAUGCCACGGAACAGGAGUUGCGCACCUUGUUUGCGCCGCAAAAGGGAUUUCGCCGCUUGUCGUUUCGCACAAAGAACCCCACGACGACCACCACGGCAUCGUCCUCGAAUGGCUCCUCGGCAGCUGGUGGGUCAAAUGGUAUAGUUGUCACUCACAACAACCACGGCCCCAUGUGCUUUGUAGAGUUUGAAGAUGUGGCGCAUGCAACACGUGCGUUGGCUGAGUUGUACGGCGCGGCGUUGCCCCGGCCUGGCGGUGUUGGCAAUGCAGCUAAAGGUGGAAUCAGACUUAGUUUUUCAAAGAACCCCUUGGGGGUGAGGGGGCCCGGCAGUGGCGUUCGCAGAACUGGGACUGCGCCUGCAUUGAGUGUUCAUCACGAAGGUGGAUCAGGCAGUGGCAGCCUGUAUGCAUAUCCAUACUCCAAAUGA